AUAAAUAAUUCGUGAAUUAAAAAAAAAUGAAAACGACCAAAAGUUUGGUUUCCAUACCGAAAACGAUAAAACCAUUUUCAAAAACAAAAUUCUAACUUUGCUCCUUUCACUGCUUCGCUUACUGUUCAUAGCUCCGGCGACGGCGUGGAUAAAGGCAUGGAAUAUUGAGCAAAAUCAUCAGGUAAGUAAGCCUUACAAGCAACUUGUUUCGAGUAAUGUUCAUCACCAACUCUGGUUUCAGAACCACCCUUAAAAGGGUGCUAUCCCACUCUGAAAAGCCAAUCUUUUCGGUCCUCUAUCAACCCCGAAAUCCUCCUUACAAAUACUCCCAGCACUGCAAUUAUGUAGAUGUGUAUAUGAAAUGGAAGAAAGAUCAUUACUAUGACAACAUUGAUCACAUUCACAAGUCCAAAAUUCUUAAACCUGUUGUUUCACUCAAGAACUGUAUUGCCGAAGACCCUAAUGGUUGCAUCCCAAUCUCUGUCGUGUCCAAAAGAGGAGUCGAGUUAGAGGUUCCCAUGAAAGUUGCAAGGUUUUUGAGGCGAUACCCUUCGAUCUUUGAGGAGUUUACCGGCCCCCAAUACAAUCUUCCUUGGUUCAAACUAACCCCUGAAGCUGCUGAGGUUGACAGAGAAGAGAAAAGGGUUUAUGAGGAGUGUAGGAAGGACUUGAGGGAGAGGUUGAAGAGACUGAUAUUGAUGAGUACAGGGAAGGUUUUGCCUUUGAAGAUAAUCCAGGGAAUGCAGUGGUAUUUGGGUUUGCCCGAUGAUUUUCUAAGAAACCCCGAAAAGAAUCUUGAUGAGACUUUCAGGUUUGUGGAUAUGGAAGAUGGUUUAAAGGGUUUGGCCGUUGAUAAUGGGGAGAAGGUCUUGUCAUCUGUUCAGAGUUUCGCAAUGAAACAAGGGGUUUACACUGGAGAUUCAAUGGAGCCAAUUGAGUUUCGGCUUUUCCCUUCAAAAGGGUUGAGGUUGAAGGUGAAGAUCAAGGGCUGGUUAAACGAGUUUCAGAAGCUUCCUUACGUGUCACCAUACGAGGACAUCUCAAAUUUGGCUCCCGAUAGUGACAUUGCUGAAAAACGACUCGUGGGAUUGCUACACGAGUUGCUUAGUCUCUUUGUUGAACAUUCAGCUGAGAGGAGGAAGAUUCUGUGUCUCAAGAAACAUAUGGGAUUGCCUCAAAAAAUGCACAAAGCAUUCGAAAGACAUCCUUAUAUGUUUUACUUAUCAUUGAAGAACAACACAUGUACUGCAAUCCUUAAAGAGGCUUAUUGUGACCCUUCUGCUAUUGAGAGACAUCCAAUAUUGAAGAUUAGAAAAAGGUACAUAAACUUGAUGCAGAAGUCAGACUCGAUCUUGAAGAAAAGGCGGUUGAGUAGUCGGUUGGAUGAUGGCCCGAAAAUGGAUUUGGAUUUGGAUUCUACAGAUGAAGAGACAGAUUUGGAUUUAGAUUGUUUACCACCCUUUUUGAUCUCAUGCUACACAGGUAAGAGUUAAAAUCGAACCGAGAUGAGUCUAAAGCUAAGGGUGAAGAUUGUACAUAUCAAGAUGAUUAGAGCUGGAGGUUUCAGAGUCUUUUGGACAGUUUAGGCUCACCUUUUUAAUAGUCAUAUAAAGACAACUUUUGUAACGCAAGUAUUUUGUAAACUUAUGCAUAUUUUAACAAGAUACUGGACUUAUAAAAAUUAUGUUUAUUGUAAAUGUUAUAUUAUUUAAGAAACUUUUAAUUAUCUACGUUUUUUAUUAAA